GAGUGCUCUGACGCGAGACGGCGGCACCGCGGCUUCCCCAUGACGUCACCUUGAAUGGUGGGAGCGCAGGGACAGCGGUGGGAGGGCGACGAGCUGUCAUCUUUGCGUACCCUUAUUAUUGUGGUUCGAGGGCCUGGUGGCUGGCAUGCGAGCAUAGUCCCUACGCGCCGAGGCCCCAUGCCGCGCGAAAUGAACGGCCUAUCACUAAGCGAGCUGUGCUGCCUGUUCUGCUGCCCGCCCUUCCCAGCGCGGAUCGCGGCCAAGCUGGCGUUCCUGCCUCCGGAGCCGACGUACUCGCUGGUGCCCGACGAGACCGGCACCAAGUACACGCUGAGCCUCAGCGAGCGCGCCGAGUGGCAGUACUCGCAGCGGGAGCUCGAGGCGAUCGAGGUGUUCUACACGCGCACGUCGAGAGGCAACCGGCUGGCCUGCAUGUUCGUGCGCUGCUCGGCCGCAGCCCGCUUCACGGUGCUCUUCAGCCACGGCAAUGCCAUCGACCUGGGACAGAUGAGCAGCUUCUACCUGGGCCUCGGCUCGCGCAUAAACUGCAACAUAUUCAGCUACGACUAUUCAGGCUACGGCGUGAGCACGGGCAAGCCGUCGGAGAAAAACCUGUACGCCGACAUCGACGCAGCCUGGCAGGCACUGCGAACCCGCUACGGCAUCAGCCCCGAGAACAUCAUCCUGUACGGCCAGAGCAUCGGCACGGUGCCCACCGUGGACCUGGCUUCGCGCUACGAGGUGGGCGCCGUCAUCCUCCACUCCCCGCUGAUGUCCGGCAUGCGCGUCGCUUUCCCGAACACCAAGCGGACGUGGUUCUUCGACGCCUUCCCCAGCAUCGAUAAGAUCUCCAAGGUCUCGUCGCCUGUGCUUGUUAUACACGGCACCGAGGAUGAAGUGAUCGACUUCUCGCACGGGCUCGCCAUGUACGAGCGCUGUCCGCGCGCCGUUGAGCCGCUCUGGGUCGAAGGUGCGGGCCACAACGACGUCGAGCUGUACGGCCAGUACCUCGAGCGCCUCAAGCAGUUCGUCUCGGUCGAACUGCUCAACUGACCAGCCCCGAGGGGCCUCGACGAGACCCCUGAACAGUAGCAGCAACUGCCGCCGGUGUCACGACGUAUGAACCGUUUCGUGUGCACAAGACUCGCGUUGUUACUUACGUGCCCCGACGGGAACCUUCCCAGGGCUGUGUUAAUGCUUGUACAUAGUGGUUUUACAACUGGAUGCCUUGUCUGUCUUUUGUGCGAGAUGUACUGCUUCCCGCGGCCUUUUGCGACACCGAAGGCAGAAAAGGGCUGUCACAUUAGCCUUCCUCAUCGCAGUGGCUGGUCUUGUGCAAAAUACUGGGGUAAGGCCAGCACACGUGCUCGCAAUCGGGAGCCAAGCAGAACCCUGCUGGGCUGCCUACCUUACCUGUUCAUGACACAUAUGGCUAGAUCUGCUGUGGCAUCGGGUGCGUUUGUGUCUGUCCAGGAAGUCCACUUUCUCCUGUAAAAGCCAGUCUCAAUUAGAUCUCAACAACGGUGCAGUGAGCACAUAAACACCCUAUUUAGGAAUAAAAUGUUGCGAGGCAAAGAACUGGUGGUUAGCAAUUGGCAUAGCCCACUCAGUUUGGCAGAAAGGAUGAACCACUGCAGUUGUUAAACCUGCAAGUACUCAGCCUCGUUAUCUUUCUGUGUGUAUAAAUGGGCAGGAGUUUCUUAGUAUUUGCACAUUGUUCAGUGUUUGCACUGUACAUCAUACACCUCACUUGCAGCAGUGUUUGGUGUGUGGCUAUUGCUGAUAUUUAGAUGCAGCUUAUUUUUAGACCAUUUUCAUCCGGUUUACCGUAUCUCGAAAUGUCCAAACUGAUGCACGUUCUGGGCUUGAGACAAUUACAUUCUGUUAAUGGUUGUGCUUGCAUAGUAGUGUUGUCCUCCAGAAGAUAUAAAUCAGUGAUGCACAACCAACAAUUCUGUCCCACCAUUUUUUUACCACACGGGAGCACAGGUUGAAGCGUUUUUCUUGUCGAGAGGUUUUCCUCGGUGAUAUCCCUGAAUGUGUCUUGUUGAGCAUUGUCCACUCUAGCUUCCUUCUGUAUGACUGCACGGUUCUAUGAGAGGCUGCUCAAGUGUAGGCUUCAUACACAUUGCACUGUGCGUGAAUUCAGUAUUGAUGAACAAAGAGGAUUUCAUUCACCAGUUGUGAACAGAAGUGCCACUAUGCUAGUGCCCUUUUGUAAGCAUUCAGGCCUGCUUACCCUGUGCAAAGCACUAGUCCUUGUGCCCCCCAAAUGGGAUUAGCCAUGUUCAUAUACUCUUGCCUUUCUUUUUCAUGUUGAGAGUCGUAUUUGUGAACAUUUCAAGUGUUUCAACUCAUGUUUCACACAUUAGGCUGUUCACUCUACUCAUAGUAAAUGCAUGAGUAUUGGGAAUACCUUAGUGCACCCUGAAGUACUGAGUCUGCUGGCCAGUCUUGCCAAUGUAGCCAGCGUGUGAGGUCGUUGCUGGGCUCAUUGUGAUAAUGAGCGGCUCUCUGGGAUGUGUCAAGUUGCUUUACCUUCUGUUGUUGUUUAUAUCUCAAUGGUUUACAGGUAGGAGUCUACAAACCCACCAGUGUGGGAGGCACAAAAUAAAGAUUUGUCUUUGUAUAUAAAAA